GGGGGUGAAGUUCCAAAGCCUGAAUAUGAAAGCGAUGAAGUGUUUAUGAUAUGUAUGACAGUACAUUGGUAUGAUGAAAAUGAACCUCUUCAAAAAAUUUGUUUAUGCACUCAAGAUUUGAAUACAAAUGAGGAUUGGAUGUUUAAGAAAUCAAAUUCUCAAGAAGAAUUGAUUCUCGAUUUUGCAUAUUGCGUAAAGGCAGUUAAUCCAGAUAUAAUGAUUGGAUUCAAUGAUGGUGGAUAUGAUUGGCCAUUUAUUCUUAAGAAGGCUGAACAGUUUGAUAUAUUAAGAGAAUUUGUUAAUGUGAUGGAGGAGAAAAAAUUUAGUGGAAGUUCUCUUGAGGAUGCGAAGUUCAAUAUUCACGAAAAGUGCAUUAAGAUUACACCUCAGGAUAGCGUGAAGGUGAUGUAUUUCAGGAAACCAGGGGUUUUGAUGAUGGAUGUGAUGGUGUCGUGUAGAAAGAGAUAUUCCAAUUCUGAGAAAAAUUCACUCUCGUAUUUUUUAGAGAUAGCAAAUCUUGAGGGAAAGAUGAAUCUUUCUCAUUUGACUUUGAGGAAAUAUUACCAUGAUGCCAAAGAGGGAAUUACGGGUCCCAAAGA